AUGACAGAACUGGCAACGACGCAGUGUACUGUCGGAUUGCAGCAAGAUGAAAAGUCGCGUAUGGCUACGACACGAUCUGUAAAACUUCGUCAACAUCGUGUUCUUACUCUUGGUGAUGCGCUCGAGGUUUUGCAAGACGACGAAGAGGACAAUGAGAGCGGCAUAAGAUUGACAUUGGCAGAAGGACAGCAAGAACGCUGGCAAGCGGUGGAUCGGGGAUUGAAAGCAGGAUUACGACUAUAUCGACAGAUUGAUGACGUCGAUAAUGAUGAGGUCUUUGGACUCGUGUAUGAGCGCAAAAGACAUCAGAAUGCUAAAUCGUUCCAUCAAGUGACUAUCCAUGGUGAGAGGAAGAAACAAAUGAGUACAUUGUUUCUUUUUCGACGACAAGAUAGUAAAAGUGCUGCUUCAGCUAAACUUGCGACUAUACUACCAGAAAUUGAUCAAAUUCCAAUUAUUUCUCGUAAACGCAAAGCUGAGAGUGAAUUUCCACUGGAGUUUGCAUGCACUGAGUGCGAGAGAAGUUUUAAGUGUGCCCAAGGAUUACGAACGCACAUUCAUAUGGUACAUCAUCUUCAAGGUGCAGCAAUCGGAAAGGUUCUACUUUCAUGCGAAAUUUGUGGUCGCACUUUCAAAGAAGAAGAUGCUAGAAGACAGCACCAGGUAGCCAAACACGGAAAGGAUCGACUAAUUCAACCCGAUUGGUACAACAAGCAAAAGAUUGCGACUCCAAGUGCAGCUAAAAAGGUUUUACCUUCUACCACGAUAAUCUCGUCAUUGAAUUGCACGAUCUGCCACUUUUCCUUUAGCACAACAGAAGAAUUGAGUGCGCAUUGGCAAAAACUGCAGCCUCGAAUUGCUGGGAAACGAAAGUGUGCAAUAUGCAGUCGAGAGUUUGAUGAAGAUCGAGCAUUGCGUCAGCAUCAAAAUUUCUGCGGCUAG